GAGAAGAUACACAACGAUAAACAAAGUUAGCUCCUUGUCUUUGCAUCGUCAGUUAUCGGAUAUCAAAAGUCUUAGAUCUCUUCAUCUCCAUGACUGACGGCGAAUACGAUAAGCUUUCGAAGGAGGAAAGGGAGGUUAAAGAUGCUGAGGACAAAGCACGAGAGGAUGCAGAACAGGCUGCAUUGCCUUAUCGAUGGCGACAAGAGCUAGGAGAGGUCGACAUCAUCGUUCCAAUGCCAAAAGGCACACGUGCAAGAGAUUUAGUUAUAGUGAUGCAAAAGUCCAAAUUGAGCGUCGGUCUCAAAGGCAAGGAUAAGAUCCUUGAUGGUGAGUUGUGCAAGCAGAUUAAAGUUGAAGAUAGUACCUGGACAAUCGAGGAUCAGGAGGCUAUUCAUAUUCAUCUCGAAAAACUGAACCAACAGCAAUGGUGGGAAAAUGUCUUGACACACCAUCCCAAGAUUGAUACACGCAAAAUUCAACCCGAGAAUAGUAAAUUGGGCGACCUUGAUGGUGAAACCAGAGGCAUGGUCGAAAAGAUGAUGUUUGAUAAUCAGCAGAAGCAAAUGGGCAAGCCCACUUCCGACGAGAUUAAAAAGAUGGAGACGUUGAAAAAGUUCCAAGCCUCUCAUCCGGAACUUGAUUUUUCAAAUGCUAAAAUACAGUGAGAUGCACGAAAGACCGAAAACUUGUUUGUCCAAAUGACGGUUUAAAUGAUCAAUAAUGCUGAUUUGACUAUGGUGGCGCGUAAUCAGACACAAGGAAGUGUGUUAUUUGUACAAGAAAAUUUAGCGUCGGCCAAUUUGACACAGCUGACUUUGUAAUAAUUCAUUUGUUAUGCUUGUA